AGUGAAAGAUAAGGUCCAGAUUAUCUCAGUUAUCAGUAAAUAUAAGUGAACAAGCAUACCAGGUUUGUUCACUAUGUGAGUGAAGAUACAUGAGUCACUUCCAUCAUACUACUCUCAACACCAGUACUCGAGGAAGAAUGGCUGCAGGUGCGGGAUCAGGCGACGGUGCAGGUCAGGGGGACGGAAGUGCCUUGUGGUCCAUUCUAUGGCUGGUUGUAUUACUCAUUAUUGGGUUCUGGGUAUCAGGCUUUUGUGCUGCCAUCUAUGUAUUGCUCAACACCUUUACUGCUUGCUGUGAAGGCAUUACUCCUGUUUGUGAGAUACUGAUGAAGGGAGUACAGUUUACUGGCCUUUGUGGAAAAUAUAUUGCUAAAGGCACGCCUUUCUCUGAGGCCUUCAAGUGAGCUGAUGCCAGAAAUAUGUAUCAAGAAAUGGUACUGCAAUCUGAAAAUUGAGUAAUAUUGUAAUACUGUACUUACUCAGUGUCUGAUAACAUUGAAACAUUACUUUUGUUAAAUGUUAUUAAGUGAUGUUUGAAUGUGUAAUAUUGUAUUUUUAUUGAAUUACAUUUUUCUAUAUUGUAUCUAUAUUUGUCAAUAUACACCUACCAUCCGACUUACGACCGAGUUCGGUUCCGAGAAACCGGUCGUAAGUCGAAAUGGUCGUAAGUCGAACUUUACUACUGAAUAUCAACAAAACAUUUUUGUAAUGACUAUUUUAUUGUUUUAUUUUGGUAUUUCAUGUUUUACUUUACUUUUUAUGCUGUUAGUACUGUAUUUUAUACUGUAAGGUUUAGGAUAAACACCGUGUACAACACAAAUACUGUAGUUGUUUAUUUUCCGGAAAUUUGGCAUGAAAAACACGGCCGUAAGUCAAGUGGUCGUAAAUUCUUGAUAUAAAGGAAUAAUAGGGAAGGAGCAGGUGACUAGUAUAAAAAGUGGAAAAUUCUGUAACUGAUGGAUUAUUUCUGAACCAAUUAACACAAAAGAAUUUUAUUCUGCAUUUCCAAAGUCUGCUAUAUAGAAGUUUGAUACAGCGAAGGUUUAUUUUACUCUCUCUUACUACCCAACAGGAAAACCAAGUGCAGUUUUCUUUAAGCAUUUUUAUAUUUACCUGGAGAGAGUUCUGGGGUUCAACGUCUCAAUGGCCCAGUCUGUGACCAGGCCUCGUGGUGGAUAAGGGCCUGGUCAACCAGGAUGUUACUGCUGGCUGCACGCAAUCCAACGUGCAAACCAUAGCCCGGCUGGUCAGAUACUGACUUUGGGUGCUUGUCCAGUGCCUGCUUGAAGACAGCCAGGGGUCUAUUGGUAAUCUCCCUUACGUAUGCUGGGAGGCAGUUGAACAGUCUUGGGCCCCUAACACUUAUUGUGUUGUCUCUUAAUGUGCUAGUAGCACCCCUGCUUUUCACUGGGAGGAUGUUGCAUUGUCUGCCGAGUCUUUUGCUUUCAUAGGGAGUGAUUUUCAUGUGCAAGUUUGGUACUAAUCCCUCUAGGAUUUUCCAAGUGUAUAUAAUCAUGUAUCUCUCCUGCCUGCAUUCUAGGAAGUACAGGUUUAGGAACUUCAAGUGUUCCCAGUAAUUGAGGUGUUUUAUCUCAGUUAUGCAUGCUGUGAAGAUUCUCUGUACAUUUUCUAGGUCAGCAAUUUCACCUGCCUUGAAAGGUGCUGUUAGUGCACAGCAAUAUUCAGCCUAGAUAGAACAAGAGACCUGAAGAGUGUCAUCAUGGGCUUGGCAUCCCUGGUUUUGAAGGUUCUCAUUAUCCAUCCUGUCAUUUUUCCAGCAGAUGUAAUUGAUACAAUGUUAUGGUCCUUGAAGGUGAGAUCUUCCGACAGGAUCACUCCCAGGUCUUUGACGUUCAUUUUUCGCUCUAUUGUGCGGUUGGAAUUUGUUUUAUACUCCGAUGAAAUUUUAAUUUCCUCACGUUUACCAUAUCGGAGUAGUUGAAAUUUCUCAUCAUUGAACUUCAUAUUGUUUUCUGCAGCCCAUUUAAAGAUUUGACUGAUGUCUGCCUUUAGCCUUGCAGUGUCUUCAAUGGAGGAUACCGUCAUGCAGAUUUGGGUGUCAUCUGCAAAGGAAGACAUGGCACUGUGGCUUAUAUCCCUGUCUAUGUCCGAUAUGAGGAUGAGGAACAAUGUAAUAUAUAGAUGUGCCUCUUCACUACCUACUAUACUAUAAUUUUUAUUUUUUUCAUGAACACUAAACAGUCCAUAUGAGUUUAGAGAUACACAUAUUUUUUUUAAUUUCCCAUUUUUUUACAUUUAUAGUUUAUAUAGGCCCUACAUUUUUGGAUCAUAUACAAUCACCCUGCCUUAUGGCUGUAAAUCUCAUUAGCUCUAGCAGGUGCACACAGUAAUAAUGGUAGAAUUACUGACUAAACGUUAGGUAAAAGAACACAGAUGUAUCUAAUAAGACAUUUUAUGUGGCAACAUUGCAUGUGGUCUUUUACUUAACAGGUGUACACAAAUAUUUUUUAAGAACAUUAUCAACCUCAUGGCACCAACCCUAUUCCUUUCCUCCUAAAGUGCAAGCAUUCCUGCCUACCUUAAUUAUUCAUAAAUAACCUACACACAGAAAGAAACUUACGAUGAUCUUUCGGUCAAUUUGGACCAAAAUGUCGCCAUAAAUUUCUUUCUCCUAUGUGGGGGUUAUUUGUAUAUUCCUCAAGUUAUGGUAUUGUGCCUUUUCGCUCUUUACCUGAAUUAUUUUUAUUGUGGGGAGGGCUAAACACUCAGGGGUCAUACAAUAUCUGUGUUAUGAGAGGCAGUAAGAUCUGAUUCCAGGAAAAUCAGAUCUGAACCUUUGAAUGUAGAGUUAUUCACCAGCAUCAAGGCUCCUGAUUCAAGGAAAAUUAGAUUUAAUCCCUUGAAUCAAGGGCCAUUUGCCAGCAUCAAGGCUGCCACCUGCAGUCAAUCUAGGGGUCACUGCCCCCAAAGCCCAGUCCCCGACCAGGUGCCUUAGCUGAAGGUCUGAUCAAUUGGGUUCUUGGUGCUAGCAGUAUACAGUCUUCAGUAGGCACCCUAGCCUGGCUGAUCAUUAAAUGAUUUGAAGAACUUAUAACGUGCCCUCUUAAAAACAGCUAGAGGGAUCCUUUGUUAAUUUCUCUGAUAUAUGAUACUGCAUAGGAAGGAAAUAUAAUGACCCCAAUGGAAAUAAGUCAUUUGUCUGACUUUUUUUUGGGUUAUCCUAGGAAAAUUACACAUAUGUUAAAAUAUGUAUGAUCAUUGUAGGUAUGUGUAUCUGUAUCUAAAUAAAUUUACUUGUGGUACUUGUGCACCCUAGCUUUUCACUGGGGGUGUUUGCACUGUCCACCAAGCUUCUUGCUUUCAGAGAGCACUGUAAUUUCAUGUAGAUUUGGAACCAAUACUUUCUGAAUUUACACCUGGAAUAUUCUGGAGAGAACAAGGGAAAGUUGCAAGCAUGAUGAGGAUGUGUUAAAGGAGAAAAGUUUGUCAAUGGGUGCCGAAAGACAUAUAUCAGAGCACAGUACAGUACUGUAGUAUAUAUUGGUGGCAAUCGUUCUGUAUGGAUGAGAAGCAUAGUCUUAAAAACUAACUUCAAUUCCGGGUACUGGAAAUGAAAUAUUAUUUUGAAUGCAAUUAGUUAUGUAAUUUUUUAUUUAUAAUUCAAAUAUACUGUAAAAAUAAGACAGUACAAUGUAUUGAAGUUUUUCCAGAAUAAACUAAAUACCAGGGUA